GGUGCGGCGGAGGAGAGAAAGCAUCUUUGUCUGCACGGAGAAGCUCGGGGCUUCCCUGCCUGCCUGCCUCCAUCGACACAACACCAUCUAAAAAGAUAAGAAGACUAUCCUUCCUGAAGACAGAGGUCGCAUAUUCAUCUGCCGCAUUCAUCUCUGCUCAGUUUAGAUUUUUCCCCCCACCACCCCUUCCUCUUGUGCUUGCGUUUGCCUGGCUGGAAUAAUCGCGCCGUGUCCAUGUGUCGGAUCGCUGGAUGAUGCUCAGGAUGUUGGGAGGCUGAGCAGAAUGGAGGCUGUACCUAAGCUGUGUGCUUAGCUAACCCAUGGAGAACUGACAGGAACAGCGCUGGAUGGAGGCCAAGACACUGGAUGGCGACGACGAGGAAGCACACUGUUUUGUGGAUCACUUGUGUUGUUGGUUCUCUUUCUCUGCCGAUCCAAAGUAGAUGCAAAGUGUUGUCAGAUGUGCCUCAUUUGUUCAGUCUGUCACGUGUCCCCCAUGGAGAGAUGGCAACAAAAAUCAAUAUAGACAGUCAAGGCUAAAGAAACACAUUCACUGCAUGUGGGAUUUGCAGUCCUGUAUCUGCUAAGUUUUUUUGGUGGUUAGCUAAGAAGUGUAAACACUAGAUAACGUUAUCUUCUCACAGCUCUGUUGGAUUUUGUAUGAAUUAUAGACCACAGGGGAGCCAGUAGGUGUAGAUAGUAACCACAAUGGGCAGGUGUAGAGACGAGGCUUCCUGGUUACUGUUGUUAGCCGGGUUGGUGCUAACAGCAAAAGCUUUGGAGUACGAGGGUGUUCCUGGGCAGUGGACCCGCUAUGGCCAGUGGGAUGCCAAGGCGACAGGUGAGCUGAGCUUUAUCCUCAAAACCAACAUCAGCAAAGCCCUGGUUCUCUAUCUGGAUGAUGGCGGGAACUGCGACUUCCUGGAGCUUCUCAUCGCAGACGGGAGGGUCCACAUGCGCUUCACCAUCCAUUGUGCCGAGCCGGCUUCCCUGCACACCGAGACGAGAAUCAACGACCUGCGCUGGCACAGAGUCCUCCUCUCCCGUAACCACAGAGAGACCCGGCUGGUGGUGGACAACGAGGAGAAAGUGGCUGAGGUGAAGUCCAAGAGAAAAGAGAUGGUGGUGGUCAGCGACCUGUACGUGGGGGGGAUCUCCCCCGAUGUACGUCUGUCCGCGCUGACGUCCAGCACGGUUAAGUACGAGCCGCCAUUCCACGGCCUUAUAGCCAAUCUGAAACUAGGGGAGGCGCUACCGUUACUUCUGGAUGGCCAAGCUGUCCAUAGUGAUUUGGAGUACAUAUGUGCCAUACACUCUCCAUGCAACAAAGGUGUGUGCUCCGUCAGCCAAGGAGAGGUCCUCUGUGACUGUAUCAACACCAGCUCCAGGGGAAGGUACUGCCAUGAAGCUGUCCAGAAAGAAGUAGAAGGUCUGGCGCACAUGAUGUUAAACCGCCAAGUUUUUCGCCAAGGGCAGGAGGAGUCAGUGGCCACCUUCAAAGGCAAUGAGUUCUUCAGCUACAACCUGUCCCUGACUCCCAUCCAGAGCAGUUUGGAUGAGAUCACGCUGUCCUUCCGCACCCUGCAGAGGAACGGCCUGCUGCUCCACACCGGGAAGUCCGCUGACUACGUCAACCUGUCCCUGAGGAACGGGGCUCUGUGGCUGGUCAUCAACCUGGGCUCUGGUGCCUUCGAGGCCCUGGUGGAGCCCGCCAAAGGAAAUUUCAACGACAAUGUCUGGCAUGAUGUUCAAGUGACGCGCAACCUCCGCCAGGUGACAAUCCUGGUGGAUGGGAUUCUCACCACCACAGGCUACACCCAGGAGGAUUACACCAUGCUGGGCUCCGAUGAUCUCUUCUACAUCGGAGGCAGUCUGAACACGGCCGACCUGCCAGGCUCCCCGGUCAGCAACAACUUCCUGGGCUGUCUGAAAGAUGUGGUCUACAAGAAUAAUGAGUUUAGACUGGAGCUGUCACGACUGGCUGAACAGCGGGACCCAAAGAUCAGUAUCCAUGGCGACCUGAUAUUCAGCUGCGAGGACGUGGAGGCCCUGGAGCCGAUCACCUUCGACACUCCCUCUGCCUUCUUGACUUUACCCAGGUGGAACACAAAGAAGACGGGCGCCAUAUCUUUUGACUUCCGCACCACGGAGCCCAUGGGCCUGCUGCUGUUCAGCCAUGGCAGUAUGCAGGGCGCGAUGCCAGACAAACCCCGCGCCGACUUCUUCGCCAUCGAGCUGCUGGACGGGUUCCUCUUCCUGGUCAUGGAUAUGGGCUCUGGCAGCAUCAAAAUGAAGGCCAGUAACAAGAGGCUGGAUGAUGGCGAGUGGUGCCGUGUGGACUUCCAGAGGAGGGGUCGUAACGGCUUCAUCUCUGUGAAUAGCCAGAGCAUCCCCUUUGCUGCUAAUGAAGGCAGCGAGAUCCUGGACCUUGACGGGGAGAUGUAUCUCGGGGGGUUACCUGAGGAUCGGCAUGCCCUCAUGCUGCCCCCCGAGGUGUGGACCGCCUCCCUCAGCCUGGGCUAUGUGGGCUGUGUGAGGGACCUGUUCAUAGACGGACAGAGCCGUAACCUGUGGAGGCUGGCGGAGGUUCAGAGCGCCACAGGUGUGAGCAGCUUCUGCACCAGAGAGACCCACAUCAGGUGUGCCAGAGACACUUGUGCCAACGGCGGACACUGCAGGGAAGGUUGGAACCGACACAUCUGUGAAUGCAACGGUACCGGCUACCUAGGUCCCAGCUGUGAGAAGGAGGCCACGAUGGUGAGCUACGACGGCAGCAUGUAUCUGAAGGUGCUGCUGCCAAGGACACUCCACACAGAGGCAGAGGACGUGUCCCUGCGCUUCAUGUCCCUGAGGGCCUUUGGCCUGCUGGUGGCCACCACCUCUCAGCAGUCAGCGGACACACUGCGUCUGGAGCUGGACGGAGGCAGAGUGAAGCUCACUGUGAACCUGGAUUGUAUCAGGAUAGACUGUAAUCUCAGCAAGGGUCCAGAGGUACUGUUGGUAGGCGAGAAGCUGAAUGACAAUGAGUGGCACACCGUGAAGGUGGUGCGGCGUGGGAAGAAUUUGCAGCUCUCUGUGGACAAUGUGACAGUGGAAGGCCACAUGACAGGCGCCCACACCCGCCUGGAAUUCAACAACAUCGAGACGGGGAUCAUGACAGAGCGGCGGUUCAUCUCCGUGAUGCCUUCCAACUUUAUCGGCCAUCUGCAAGCUCUCUCCUUCAACGGGAUGCUGUAUCUGGACCAGUGCAAGAACGGAGACAUCUCCUACUGCGAGCUGAAUGCUCGGUUCGGCAUGAGGCACAUCUUGGCCAAUCCUGUGACUUUCACAGCGCAGGCCAGCUAUCUGGCCUUCUCCACCUUGCAGGCCUACGCCUCCAUGCACCUCUUCUUUCAGUUCAAGACCACCAGUCCUGACGGGCUGAUACUUUACAACUCUGGAGAUGGUAGUGACUUCAUCGUGGUGGAGCUGGUCAAAGGGUACGUUCAUUAUGUUUUCGACUUGGGAAAUGGGCCGUCGCUAAUGAAGGGAAACUCUGACAAGCAACUUAAUGACAACCAGUGGCACAAUGUGAUGAUCUCCCGGGACAACAGCAAUGUGCACAUCCUCAAGAUUGAUUCCCGCACCGUCACCCAACACGCCAAUGGAGCCCGCAACCUCGAUUUGAAAGGCGAGCUGUACAUUGGUGGUGUUGGGAAGAGCAUGUACAGCAGCCUGCCGAGGUUAAUAGCAUCCCGGGAAGGGUACCAGGGCUGCCUGGCGUCUGUGGACCUGAACGGGAGACUCCCCGAACUGCUGGCCGACGCCCUUCACAAGGUCGGAGAGGUGGAGCCCGGCUGUGGAGGCCCCAGCACCACCUGCACCGAGGACUCCUGUCAGCACCAGGGAGUGUGUCUGCAGCUGUGGGAGGGCUUCUCCUGCGACUGCACCAUGACCAGCUACGGGGGGCCGUUCUGCAAUGACCGUGAGUACAGGUUAAUUACGCCUCACGGGGUAGAAGAGUGGUAG